AUGCCCUCUCCGGCAGACAGCGCGUUUGAAAGGCACCAUGACAGUUGGCCCGCCUUCCACCAGUAUCUGGACGGCUACUGCAGCAGGCAUGGCGUCAAUAUCGGCGUGGAGUUCACCGUCAGUGCGGCAGGACGCAACCGAGACGUACGUCGGUCAAAGCGGGCGGCGCAAGGCGAAGAAACCGUUCAACUGCUCCCUGCCAAGUGGGAAGCCUACCGACGAACCUAUGUAUGCCGACUUGGGCGCAAACCUCGCAGCGCGGAUACAAGUAAGCCUCGCUAUUCGUGCCCCUUUCGGUUUACGGUGAAGAGCGUGAGGUGCCAUGGCACCUGGCACCUUGUGGUCACGGCAGCUAAUCUGGAGCAUGAUCACACGCCAGGCAACUCGUCUUGG